CGCAGACCCUGCUCACCUUCCAGGGCGGCGGGGGGCAUCUCAUCGACGACGUCUCGAACAUGUACGCCCUCCUGUGGGAAUGCAACCUGCUGUCUUCGAAUGGUCGGUCUCGAACCCGCAAAGGUCGAGCUGCAUCCGUGCUGGAUAUAGGGAACGGGCUGCUCUUGGUGGAGGUGCUCUAUGACCAGGAGGUGCACGCCUUGCCAGUCCACAAGCUUGUGGGCAUGCUUGCCGCGUUCACGAUUGAAGAGAGCCAUCAGAUCAAUGAUGGACAUGCCAUGACGGCGGUCCUUGACCUUGUCGACGAGAAGAUUAAUCGCCUUCAAGAAGUCUACAACCGUCACAACAUUGCUUGGCGAGGCUUCCGGUUGGCGCGCGGCUUCGCGGGUGCAGUCCAGCGAUGGUUGGAGAAGUCCACGGACUUCGACGCCCUGCUGAAGGACUCCAGGCUGGAGGCAGGCAUCGCGGUGCGCGGGCUGCAGCGCCUGGACAGGCUGCUGGGGCAGGCCUCCGCAGCGCUCGGAGAGCUUCAGCUGACGACCCCGCGGAGCUCGCUGGACGCCCUGCGCCCAGUUCUGCGGGCACGGGCCCCGCUGGCGUUCAUGCCGUCUCUCCUGCACGACGGCCUCGCCGAGGAGGAGGAGGCGGCCAGGCUGCCCGGGGAGGAUCAAGUCUUCACGGAGGCGCCGCCCGAACUGCGGCGCAGGCCGGACGGUGAAGGCUGGGCUCCAGACAGGGAUGGGUGGUUUGUGGAGCUGGACCCUCAUGAGGUGGGCUUUUCGCACAACACGAUCAGCUGCAAGUUUUCGGACGGGCGGCGUCUGGAGGAUACCGUGGCCGAGCUGGUGGAAGAUGAAGAGCUCUGCUACCAACUGGCGAAGGACAUGCGCGUCGUCUACUUCCAAGGGAGGCCGUAUACACUCGGGAACCGCAGGCUGGCCGCAUUCCGCCUCGCAUGCCAGCGCGCACCCCAGAGGCUGAAAAAGCUGUGCUUCCAGCUCGCAGACGAGGCGGCUGCGCUCAGGUGGAAGUGGUGGAGCAAGUUCAGCACGGGCCACUUCCUCGGCAUGCGGGCCGUUGUCAACACCACGGGUUGCGUUGUCGGCGAGUCUGCUGCGGCCACGAGGUUCUGGCCGAGCGGUGAAGAUGUGCCCGGGCGCGGCUACGCCGCUGCGGCGGCCCAGUGCGCAAGGAUGAACCUCGAGCUCCCCCCACCUGCGACGAGCCAGCCACUCACGCUGAUCCUGCCUGACGUCCUGUCUGGGCAAAGCAUCCGUAUCUCCGAGGCCACUCUCGCCAGGGCCAUCUGCGGGCUGGACCCCCCAGAGAAGCGCAAGCCAACAAAGGGCCGGAAAGCUGCUCCAGACCUGGACUUGCGAGAGCGGCCAGCAAGGCGGUUCGGCAUUUCCACAUUGGCCAAGAUCCCUGCUGUGUUUCCAACGUUGGAGGCCUGGACCACAAGCUUCGGCGGGCCCCUCCUUGCAGAAGUGGAGGAGCAGAUUUUGGGCCGUUGCUCCGACGAUGCGGAGGGCAAGGCGAAGGAGCCGAUCGUGUACAGGAAGGCGUGGCUUUCAGGAGUUCGCGACGAGGAACGCGACGAUAUCGAGGACCAGGCGAUCAACCAUGAAGAUGGCGACGUCUUCAAGAUUGAUGCAAACGGAGUGACUCUGUCGAAUCUGAAGGAUUGGCUCCCUUUCUCUGUCUUGCACCUGCGGAUACCAGGCAUGGCAUGUCAAUUUGGUAUAGUCGCCCCUCAGGGCUCAAAUCAGGAAGGGUCUCUCUACCUACGUACCAGGAAGCUGCCUGUCCUGCAGUCACUCGUUCAGCAAGCGGAGCAAUCAGUCGAGGUAAAGGCUGGUUUCGUUACUUGCAUCCUGACGGAACUCCGCAUUUGCCGAGCGAUGGAAUCACCGAGCCAGCAUUGCCCGGUGUUCUGGCCCUCCAUUGCGGGUGCAGACACGCAAAAGAUUUCCCUCCGAGCCCAUGGGACACAGCAGGCACUAGUCAGUGACAUUCGUCAGCACGAGGCGGCCUUGCAGAGGUCCAGCCUCAACCAGCCACAGAUAGGUUCUGUGCUGACGACCCUGCGAAGAAAAGAAGGGGUGGUGCUCAUCCAGGGCCCGCCAGGCACGGGCAAGACAAAGACACUCUCCGUGCUCCUUGACCGGUGCGUGGCGGUACGGCAGCGGUGCCUCGUGGUGGCCCCGACCAAUACCGCGGUUCAGGAGUUGCUCAGUCGAGUUCUUGAGCAUGUUGCUGCCUGGCGCAUCGGCUACGUGGCCCACCCGCUUACUGCUGAGGUGGCCCGGGAUCACGACUUGGCGUGCGUACUAGCGGACCACCGCGUAGCUCAGUUGCACGAGCUCGCAGCCGAUGUUGCAUGGACCGUCGAUAACUGGUUGCAGGCGCCAGCGAGGCAACCACCAGACUCCGACGAUGAGUACGCCCCGGGGAAGGCAAAGGGCAGGGGCAAGCUGGGGAAGGGCAAGGUCAAGGGGAAGUCCGCGGGUGAGGAGCGCCGUGCCAGGCGUGCGCAGCGUCGGGAGGACUGGGGCUCGAAGCUGUUUGCGCAUGCCGCCCAAGUUCGUAGCGAGCUGCGCCACUUCCAGAAGACUCUCGAGCGGUGGCGCUCCCAGCUCCUCCUUCUGCCGCCAGAAGAUUCUGGAGUCUACCUAGAUCCAAACCGGGAGCCGAGCCCGGCGGCGUCGGCGAUCGAGCAGCGCGAGGAGGAGGCCAUGGGCCAAUUCGGCAGGCUCCGGGACCAGCUUCAGAGCUCGCAGCUCCCCGAGGAGCUGAGCCUCCUGCACCGCCGUCUGGAGGCGAACGUCCCCCGGACGUGGGCAGAGGCAGUCGCAAACCCGGAGAAGCUGUACGAGUGGCUGCAGGGCUUCGUCCGCCGUCCCACUUGCAACGGCUACAAGGGGGGCCUCGGCUGGGGCUGCGGCAGCCUGGGCAGGUCGGGCAAGGGCAGGGCGCCGUUCGGUCCGGGUAGCAAGGGCUCGGCCGCGGCUGGUCCCAAGGGCAAGUGCAGCAGUGAUGUGGAGAAGGCAACGGCCGUCCUCAGAGCACUUCGCGAGGCUGCGCGUGACGCCGCCAGCGUCAAGCCGAUGGACCUGCAGGACGCGCUGCUCCGGCGGUGCGAGCUCAUUUUCUGUACCGCGGCGGUCGCAGGUCGUGGUGCCGUGCAGAGGCAGUGGGUGCAGACAGUGCUCAUCGACGAGGCCUGUCAGCUUGCGGAGGCCGUCACGAUUGUGCCCCUCCGCUCCAGCAUUCAGCGCCUCGUGCUUGUUGGCGACCCGCGCCAGCUCCCUGCGUUGGUGCUCUCGCGCGCCGCGGAGCACGCUUCGUAUGGUCGGGGGAUGUUCCAGAGAUUGGUCUCCAUUGGUGAGCGCCCCGAGGUCCUCGAGAUCCAGUACCGCAUGCACAGAGACGUCGUUGCUUGGCCAGCGAACCAUUUCUACCGCCUCGACGGUAUACAGCUUCGCACCGGGCCAUCGGUCAUCGCUCGGGACGAGCUCCAAGCACCACCGCUGUUGGGCCCGGCUCGUUUCGUGCAUGUCAGUGGCGUCGAGCAAAGAAGUGGCCACUCGUGGCUGAACGAAGACGAGGCCGCCCUGGUUGUUGAACAGGCGAGGUUGCUUCGCGCCCUGCACCCAAGCUUGAGUAUCGGCGUGAUCACGCCCUACCUGAGCCAGGUGAAGGAGGUGCAGUGGCGCUUGGCGGACGCUGACCUCACGGACGUUCAAGUCAGCUCCGUCGACGGCUUCCAGGGUGACGAGCGCGAUGCGAUUCUUGUUUCUCCCGUGCGCUCGAACUCGAAGCAGCACAUCGGAUUUGUUGGCGACGCGCAGCGCCUCAACGUUGCCGUAACGAGGCCCAAGCACUUUUUGUGGAUCUUCGGCAACAAGGAAACCCUCGGCGGCAGCGAGCAUUGGUCCUCCUUGCUUGAAUUCUACGAGGAGAAGGGCUGGAUCGUCGCUGCCAGUGACCUCAAGGCCAAGGCCAAGGGGAAAGGAGGGGGCAAGAGCAAUGCCAAGGGAAAGAAGAGAAGCGUGGCCGCGGCAGGCUCCCCAGACACUGGCACCAACAGCAGCCGCAGUCCUCUCCAUGGAAAGGCGCGGGUCGAUGCUGCCGUGCUGGAGCUGACACGGCGCGGGGAUUGGACAGGCGCACGGCGCGCGGCGAAGGGUUGUGUGGUCGCGUGGGUCGCGCGCGGCAACUUGCUCGACACCCUGGGCUUCCGGCCCAGCCUCGCCCACGUUCAGCGCUGCGUCUUCGCGGAGGCGCUUGCCGACCUGCAGGCUUCGGUGCACGCGGAGCCGUCUCUGGCGCCGACGAAGCAAGCCUGGGAGGCGCUGCAGAGCUACUGCCGGACGGGGAAUGCUUGCCACUUGCGGGCCAUGCCAGAGGACCCAUCGGUGUUUUCCGCUCGCGGCGCUGCGAUCGCGAUCCGGGCGAGCCAUGACCCUGCUGACCAGGUCCUGGCUGCGAUGCGCAAGCUGGCCCGCGACGGCGCUGCACAUGCCGCAGCCGACGCACUUGGCUGGCGCGGUGCCCAGGUGUGGCAGUUCGGCGACGGCAGCUUCACCUCCCAGGCCGAAGCUGCCGUGCGCUCCGUCCUCGCUUACUCCUGGCUGGCCACGGUGGAGGCGCUCGAGGGCUCCAGCCUGCAGCAGCGCGCCGAGGCGAUUGCAGCCACUGCAGCGCUGCAUGCAGAGCUCGAGCCUCGCGAGCUCGAGGUGCUGUCGGCUGCCACCGAGGCGUGCGCGGCGGCGUGCCUGGAGGCGGGCAGCGACGCCGCGGGCGAGGUGCUCGGCGCCCGCGGGCGCCUCCCCGACUGCCGCGACGGCAGGCUCCGUGCGCAGGUGGAGGCCCUCCUGGGGCGCGGCGCGCCGGUGCUGAGGGACCACCCAGAGGCGUGGACGGCUGCGCGCGAGGCGCGCGUGGCGGCCUGUGCACCUCCAGCUUUCGCAGGCACGGCUCGUCUGCGCGAGCGAUUCGGCGUCGCGGUUCCGGACGGCGGCCCAGCGGCGCUGCAGCAGGUGGUCGAGGAGAGCUCAUCGGCCCUCCUGUCCGACAGUGUCCGUGGUCGCGCUGCUGGGCGCGUGCUGCGGCUCAUGUUGGCGGCAGCGGCAAAGGCACCACGCAUCAGUGCGAUCAGCAUGCUGGACGCGUUCCGACUGGCCGAUGCGUCUGGCCUUCUCUGCACCCUGAACCCGCCCUCCGGGCGGUUUGCAGACGGUGGUGCCGCGACCCCGGCAGAGACGUGGAUGGCAUUGCAGCUGCUCUUCAUGCCGCUGGACCAGGAGUCUCUGGCAGAGCUUCUCGCAGAGCAUGCGACCCCGACGGAAGAAGCGAAGAUCAUGUUGGAGGAUGCCUCUGUGCGCAGAUGGCUCCGUUCGAUGCCUGGCCCGACCCAGGGCGAUGUAGAGGCAGAGCGUUUUGUCCGACUUUGCACCGGGCGGUUUGCGUGAGGCCAGCUUGAGCUAGGAGUGCCCAUCGAUGUUUUGGACGCUGCACGCUGCAGGACAGCUGCGGAUUCCAAGUUGUGAGCAACUUGCGGGAUCGUAAUUUUCCGCCUUGCCUUACUGGCCAGCGUAAUCAUACUUUUCUGGCUGGCGUGGCGUGGCCUGCUGAUUAUAUAAGUGGCGGGUUGGGCCACAAAGAACAUGUUCGCACUGCGCUUUUGCCCCGCCUCCCUGGCCUCGCUUUAUGUGCUUCGGCCUCUUCCCUUCACUCCUCCUCCGCUUUGGCAGGGCGCCUCCUCAUUUCACGCUGCGACGCAGACUAGCUGUUGACGCGGUGGUAGUCGGCGGGGUAGCCCCUGGAAACAAGACGUGCAGUCCCAUCAGCCUUGAGGUCCUCGUGCCAGCCUCCCGGCUGCUGCAGCUUCGUUGCGUGCCGCUCGCGCGCGAGGCAGGGGACGGGCGCCGCUCCUGCAGGAGGGCGGGCGCUCCCGCCGAUCCUGCUGCCGCCCUCGUGUCCCCCAAGCUGCCGCCGCGCCCUGUGGUCCUG